AUGGAUGCUUCUGCUACCCAGAACCAAAUUUUCACACUAAACGCACAGGAAAGCACUGCAGCUGUUCUCAGGGUCCAGUAUUCUGCUCACUAUGGACUGGGGACAAAGGGACUGGGUCAUGCAGCGUGGCCCCAAAGUGUCAAAAAUCAAACUGGAUUAUUUUCAAGUACUAUCAUUUAUUAUCAGAUCUUUAAAAAACCCAAACAAUCCGAACUAUAUCAUAUUUGCAUGUUGGAUUCAAUAACAGUUUUUCUUGCAGUUUCUAAAGGCACCGUUGGGGAAGGCCGUGUGAGAAGUCGAAGGGGAAUUCUGGAGCUGGCCGGAGCCAUCAGGUGCAGCACGGGGCGCUCGCCCUUCGCCUACCUGCGCUACGGCUGCUACUGCGGCCUGGGGGGAAAGGGAUGGCCCAUGGACAGAGUGGACUGGUGCUGCUUUCACCACGACUGCUGCUAUGGGAGGGCAGAACAAGCAGGGUGUCAGCCAAAGACUGAAAGUUACCACUGGGAAUGCAAGGACAAUUCUGCUGUGUGUGACUCACUAGAAGAUAAAUGUCAAAAAAUGGCAUGUGAAUGUGACCGUGAAGCUGCCAAAUGUUUCUCUAAAGCUCCCUACCACAGAAAAUACCUUUUGUGGCCAGACUUUUUGUGUGGUGAGAUUCAGCCUUUGUGUAGGUAUCAGAUACAUGACUACUGAAUAUAUUUAAAUCUAAAAUGACUUUUUUUUGGCCACAGUAAUGACAAGAAAUGAUUUUCCCCUUUCUUGAUACUCUUUCAUUCCAUCUCAGCCUCUCCACCUCAAAAUGGGCAAAGUAAACAUUUUUCCUGUUAUUUA